AAAAAAAAACAACACGCUGCGUGCCCCAAAUUGUAGCUAAAGAAAAAUAACCGAAAAAUUCCGCAACAAAUUGAAAAAUUAAAGUUUUACCAGCUUGGCGCCAAACUAACGAAACCGACGAAAGAAAAACUUGGCCAAGAAAAAGCGCCAAAAGUGUUACAAACAGCCACACCAGAAGAGAGAAAACCCAGCCAGACGGAGCAGACUGAGGAGGGAGGAAGACGCAACGGAACACAUUAAUGCAACAAAAUGGGUGCAACUUUGAAUAGACGACGACGUGGCCGUUGCCUGCAACUGAGCGCCUGCUGCUCCUGCUCCAGCUCCUGCUACUGCUCCUCCACAUCCUUCACAUUCUGUCGCCUGCUAGUGCUGGCUCUGACACUGGCCGCCCUGCUCUGCAGCGUGGAGAGCUUGACUAUGACUGAGAUACGCAUCCCGAAGCAUAUUAUGCGGCAUGAGGACGCCGUAUUGGGCUGCAAAUUCGACCUGGAUGGCGAAUCGCUGUACUCGGUGAAGUGGUACAAGGAUGGCUUCGAGUUCUAUCGCUAUGUGCCACGUGACAUGCCGCCUGGACAGGUGUUUCCGCUGCCCGGCGUCGAUGUGGAGUUGCAAAACUCGACGGACAUUGCCGUUGUCCUGCGCUCGGUCAGCCUACAGUCGACGGGCCGCUAUCGGUGCGAAGUGUCCGGCGAGGCGCCUUCGUUCCAGACAGUUUCCGGUCACGAGGACAUGAUUGUUGUGGUCACACCCAAGCAUGGACCACAAAUCACCGGCGGUCAGCCGCGAUACCAAAUUGGCGAUAUGGUGCGCGUCAAUUGCACUUCGGCGCCAUCGAAGCCCGUCUGCCAUCUCGGCUGGCUGAUUAACGGCAUGCACGCGAACCGCUCGCUGUUGCGCCCCUACGAGCCGCUGUCGGUGGGCCGGGAGGGUCUCGAGGUGGCGCGCCUUGGCCUCGAGUUUCGUGUGCGCGGAUGACAUUUCAAGCAUGGCGACAUGAAGUUGAAGUGUGUCGCCAAAAUCAGCUCGGUCUACUGGCAGAGCAACGAGGAGAGUGUCGAGAGUGAUAAGCAUCAGCGGAUACCCGUGCUGGAAUCCAGGGAGACGGUGCGCCAGCUGGACAAAUCACUGGAAGACAAGCAGCUCAAGAAGAGUCGUCGUCCUGCGGCGGCCACGUCUGCCGCCGCCGCCGCAGCGGCUUCAUCGGGCGCCAGGAUAUUAGCGUCCAAAUCCAUGGCACGCAUUUCGCUAUACGCGCUGCCAGUCUUAAUAGCAUUUCUGUGUAAUGCCGCCGCCGCCGGUUUGUGUGCUAUGCCCACGUCCACGUCCACGUCCACGCCCACGCCCACGCCCAGGAGGAGUAACAAGCCGAGGAGCAGCUGCUGUCGACAUGACCGCCGCCCGUUGGCCCAAUUAAGCACAUCCACGCCGUGCAGAUAACAAUUAACGAAGAUGU